CUCCAGCUCAGGCUGCGGUGCUGAUUGGCCAGCGUUCUCCAAGCUUCUCCUGGAGGAGGGGCUGGGAGCGUCACAGAAAUCCUCCGCGGCGACCCGCCUCUCUAGUAUCGAGGUGUAAUCAUAAUGGCAGAGGAGUUGGCUCCAUCCGUGUUUUUCCAGCAUCAGUAUAUGUGUUCAGAGUGCGGACUUCUCUACAACACUUUGGAGGCAGUGCUGCUCCACCACCAGAGCCAUUUAGGGGAGUCCUGUGAGACUGCAGCCGCUGCCACUGUUGCUGAUGCAGAAUCCCAACAAGAUAACCGCUAUCAGUGCCUGGAAUGUGGGUGUGUCUUGUGGUCACCUGAUGAACUGUUAGCGCACCAGGAAGUGCAUCCCAGGGAAGUACCAACCCGCCCUUCUCUCCCAGCCACCACUGGACAGAUCCGCUACCAAUGCAAUGAAUGUAAUGAACUUUUUCCAUCUACGAGCCUCUGGCUAGCUCACCGCCGGACACACCAGAAACAGGAGGCUCCGGCAAAUUCUUCUCCAUCAGUUUUACCUUCUUCUCAGCCGCCUCCCUCCCCCCUUUCCCAAAUAUCCAAUCCUCAGCUUCCCCAGAUCUCUUGCCUCUCAGCUUUGCAGGAACUACAUCCGUCGCCGCAGUCAGUUCCCCCCAUGCAUCCUUACGAAUGCUCAGAGUGUGCCUGUCUUUUCUUAACACCAGAGGAGCUGCUGGAGCAUCAGGGUGAACAUUUUACUGAAAUCGAGAAAGAGAGUGGGGAGCCAGCUGAGGUGCCAACCCAGGAGGCAUCCAGCCCCUACAUGUCCCCAGGGCCAGGCUCUGAGGAAACCACAGCAGCACCUCCCCCCGCUCAGGUUUUCUGUUGUACUGAGUGCAAGCAGGCCUUUGGUACAAUGGAGGCAUUGCAAAAGCACCAACAGGAACAUGUGGGGAGCAGUGAGGAAUUCCUGUGUGGGGAAUGCCAGCGUGGUUUCACAACAGCCAAGCGGUUAUUGGCUCACCAGCGGGUGCAUGUGGAUGGCACAUACGAAUGUCCAAAUUGCAACAAGAUCUUCAAAAAGGCAGCCUCUCUUGAACAACACAUGCGCAUCCAUAAAGGCGAGGCGCUCUACCUCUGCGUGGACUGUGGGCUCGGCUUCUCCACCGAGAUGACCUUAAUUAUGCACCGCAAAAACCACACAGCCAACCCCUUGCACCGUUGUCAUUGCGGCAAGACUUUCAGCAACAUGACCAAGUUCCUUUACCAUCGACGCACACACGCUGGCAAGAGUGGGAUCCCAGCUGCACGGGGGGCCGGAGGAGACCCUGCAUCCGGGCAGCCUGCUGAGCAAGUGCCCAGCGAGGAGGAAGCACUUGUGAAUGGCUUGGCCCCUUCCUCCCUUUCGCCUGGGAACUCGGCCGAGGCCUCCAGUGGGGGGUUCCUGUGUCCUCAGUGUGGAAAGGCAUUCUCCACCCAUAUCCGGAUGGUGCGGCAUAAGCGAGUCGUGCACGUGCUGGAGCGCAAGCACAAAUGUCCCACGUGUGGCAAAAAGUUCAAGAAGCUGGUGCAUGUGAGGAAUCACCUGCGGACGCAUACGGGGGAGAGGCCGUUCCAGUGCUCCGAAUGUGGCAAGACGUUUGUUUCCCAGGCUAACUUGGCCCGGCACCACGUAACCCACACUGGAGAACGGCCCUACCAGUGCCAGGUCUGUGACAAGCGCUUCACUCAGUCCUCUAAUCUUCGCCAGCAUCGCCUUUUGCACAUGGCUCCUAACGGAGACGGGUCCCACUCGUGCGACGACUGUGGGGCUGCCUUUCUCCGAGCCCGUCAGUUAGCCUUGCAUCGAACGGUACACACAGGGUGCUUGCCUUUCCCUUGUCCGGACUGUGACAAAUCGUUUUCACGCCAUCGUCUCCUUGAACUGCACCAACUUAGCCACUCUGGGCACGAACCUCACCGCUGCCCAGACUGUGGCGCUCUUUUCGUGGUGGCCUCCAAGCUGCAGGAGCACCGCUGUGCCAGGCAAGACGAGCAGGGGAGCCCCCAGCAGUCGUACCUCUGCACGUCUUGCGGCAAGUACAUGGGCUCAUUGGCCAAGCUGACGUUACACCAGCUGAUUCAUUCGGGGCAGCGUCCGUACAACUGCCCGCUCUGUGGGAAAGCCUUCACCACCCCUAGCGGGCUGAGCCGACAUCAACAGCGUCAUGCUGGCCUGCGCCCUCACAAGUGCCCUACCUGCAACAAGACAUUCGUGGCAGCCUCAGGGCUGCAGCUGCACCAGCGCACGCACACAGGCGAACGCCCAUUCCUCUGCCCAGAUUGUGGCAAAGCUUUCCGACAGGCCACUCAUCUUCGCGAACACCGACGCCUGCACACCGGGGAGCGGCCCUAUCGUUGUCCAGAGUGUGGCAAGGCCUUCGUGCAGUCCAUGCACCUGGCUGAGCACAGACGGAUCCACACUGGGGAGCGCCCUCACCCGUGUCCCCUCUGCUCCAAGACUUUCAAGACCAUCUCGAACUUGCGGAGCCACCGCAAGACACACACAGCGCUGGCUGACGGCCAGGAUGCUGUGCAGCCUUCGGAAUCUCUCGUAGCUUCCAGCCAGUCCACCCAGACCAUUAUGUGCACCAAGUUUGGGGAGACAAUUGCUAUAAUUGAGAGCGCAGAGCCUCUCCCCGUGAUGGAGACCAUAGAGAUCUAUCUAGAGAUGUAAAUUUCCCAGAAAUGUAGAAGCCGUGCCAGGGGAGGGGAAAUUUCCCAUCUUUUUCUGUAUUCAGAGUUACAAGGGAUGCCCGAGGGCAGCGUCCACACUUUUGCCUUGGUGCAGAGGUUUUAAAUCAUCUUUAACUGUUCUGUAUACAAAUGCUUAACAUGCCAGCAGGAAACGGAGCGCAACCCUCUCUUCGUACACCCUUCAGCAGGCUUCUCAUAGCACCAAAAGUUGCUCAUCAGCCGUUUUAGUUUCGUAUGGAGGCCUAAGCUGCAAUUUAUGGACCUCAUUUUGAGAAUUUCUCUGGGCAGUUUUUUUUUUUUUUUGUCUUGGGGGGUGGUGGUGCUGUGGACUGGAGUUGGGCCAGCCACCUUGACCACAGCUGGGUGUUCAUUGUAAAUUAAAAGAGAUGUGUUAUAUUCCA